AUGGCGAACAAGUUUGGAUUAGGUUCUUUAUCUUUAGAAACUAAAAAACCUAACACUACAGCGUGGAUAAAUAACGCGAAACCUUACUUUGUGGAUCAAAUCGGAGACACUCUCCAAGGUGAUAUAGAUAUGAACAAUUUCAAAGUAACUAAUUUAAAAUCUCCGGAAAAUGAUAAUGACGCUGUUCACAAGAAAUAUUUACGGGAACAAAUAAAUUCAAUUGAACUAAACAAAAACCAAUUAGAAGAUAAAAUAAGUAAUGUGAAAAGAUUCUUCAAACGUCAACCAAAUAAUAAAAAUUUUGUUAAUGAUACUAAACUACAACAAGAGACGGAAACUCCACCAUCAAUGAAUAUUAUUAGAAAUCCAGAACCACAAAAAGAAUAUACAAUCAAUUAUCAGUUUUUACGAGCGACAGACUUUGAAUACGUAAAACGAUAUUUUGUUAGUAAUAGUUAUUCACUCAAACAUUCCUCUUCAACUAAUUUAUUUACCUCAAUCGAUAUUCAUAAAAGUCAACAAGAUAAAGAAUUUAUAAUAUUUUCAUCAAUAAUUGAACGUAAUGUUGGCACAGAAGUUGGAGGCAUAUAUACCUUUAGAUGUUCGAUAAAAAUCAAUAUCGAAAAACCAAAAUUUUCAGUUCAUUUGAAUAAGAUUAAUGAUUCGAAAGAACAAAUAUCGUUUGUAUCUGUAGAAGUUUAUAUUUCCAAACCUGAAAUAAUUAUAACAGAUCAUGAAAAAAUAAAGCAUGGACAUCUUACUGGGCAACCUAUUGUAGAUGUUAAACACUUUCCAUCUUUUGCUUUAUCAGAAAUUCAUUUAAUUUAA